AUGUUGCCUUCCUCACCUCUCCAUGUUGCAACAACAUCAACCUCUCGUAGUGGAGGAGGAGUAUCAGAGAACAUCACUCAUCAUCAUCAACCAAUAAUUCGAAACACCACUACCGAUCCAAUCAAUCAUUUUUCGGAACUCAACUCUGUGUCCAUCAAUCAUCACCAUUCCAUCAAUAAUAAUAUUAUCAACAACAACAACAACACCACCACCACCACCACUGGAGUUCUUCAACCUACAACAACCAUAAACACCAAAAAAGUGCAUCACAAUGAUCAUUCCUCUGGAAUUACAGCAUCUUUUGGAAAUCGUGAUUCGGAAAAAAGAGUAAAAAAAGAAGAACCUACAAUAACCACAUCAAUGGUCAUUUCAGAGGAAGAGAAAAUAGAUGGUCAACCUUCCAUUCCACAACAAGUUGCUCAUGCAGUGGUGACAUCCAUUGUGAAUUCGAAUACUGUCACAUCGAAUCGAACCAUUCAUAAUUUUAAGAAUUCUGUAAUUUUAAAAGUUAUUGAUAUUGAAUCUGAAUUGAUUUCAUUUUCGGAUCGAGUAGUAUUUGGAAAGAGAUCAAAUGAAAAUUUAGAAGAAGAAAUUACCUAUGAAUAUUUGAAAGACUAUUAUUAUCAAAAUGACAAUCCCAUUGACUCGUUCGAGAAGGGAACUAAGAACUUCUUUUCACCUUCAUUUUCAUUCUCAUUUAAGGAAGAUCAGAGAGCUAGAAUGUUAUUUUUCUUUUCCAUGUUAACAAGCUUUAUUCUAUGCAUCAUUCCAGGAUUAAUGGUUGUUUCUUUUUUACCUUGUUGCAUCUUUUAUUGGUGCUCGGACAUGAUCAAGUACAAGUCACGAAGAGCGAGAGCCUAUGCCACAGUGUUAUUUUACUCGUCGGUGUGUUUGUCACUUUGUUGCUUUCUCAUCUUUGUGAUUAUUAUUCCAUGUGCUUUAUUGGCUGAAUUUGGAGUACCAAAAAAGAGUUGA